GCGGAUGUGGAUUCCAUGUCAGGUUUUGGUGGAGUCCUCCGCUCAGACUGCUCUGCAGACGGCAGCCUGCUCUGCACUGGCGCUGUUUACUGGAAGCCCGCUCCGCGCCGCUUCCACCAAGUGAACACUGUGAGCGGGAUCUCUUCCACAGGCGAGCCGCUGAAACUUGUCUACACACUCAGAGGAGAGCAAGAGAGCAGCGUCGGCGGUUAAAGUAGCGGAGAGCGGUGUUUUCCCCCCAACAGACACUGAAAGCCCCACACUGUCCCUCUCAGCCACUCUUUUUUUCACCUAGUGGGUCCCCGAGCUCUGCUUCUUGUUUGUUGUCGCCGCUUCGGGAGGCACGAGACAGCCGAGAAUAGCCGAGCCGCUCAGAGGCGCGGAUGAGUCAGGACUGAAGCGCACCUUUCUGGCCAUGGAAGUGUGUGUCCGGAGCAGGGGGAUGUACGGGCUGAGAAGGGGACCUGCCAGCCUCUGUCCCAGAUAAGGAGAGCAUGCAUCAGAGCUGUAGACUCAGUCUCUUCGCUGCAGAGGAGUUCCCAUCAGACUGUCUUUCCACUAUCUGACAUUUUUACUUUUCACAUCCCUUCUGACUUCAUUUCAGCGUGUUUGGCCUCGCUGCUUUUUCAAGAAAGGUGACAGGAUCAAUGAUGAGCAUCUCUGAGACGGGUUGGCUUGGACUUUUCUAAUCAGAACCUUUUUACUCGCAACACAAUCCUGCCACAAACCAUCAACCCCGGGCGCCAUGGCAUGCUCCCUGUUGAAACUACAGACCUUCUGCUGGUUUCUCAUCACACUAGCACAAGUGCACUCCACGGAGGGGUUUAGCCGAGCCGCCCUGCCAUUUGGCUUAGUACGGAGAGAGCUGUCUUGUGAGGGUUACCCCAUCGAUCUGCGGUGUCCAGGAAGUGAUGUCAUAAUGAUCGAAAGUGCCAACUAUGGCCGAACGGACGACAAGAUCUGCGACGCUGACCCUUUCCAGAUGGAGAACGUCAACUGCUAUCUUCCAGAUGCCUUCAAGAUCAUGUCACAAAGAUGCAACAAUCGGACACAGUGCAUUGUGAUCACUGGUUCAGAUGUCUUCCCUGACCCCUGCCCAGGGACCUACAAAUACCUGGAGGUCCAGUAUGAGUGUGUGCCCUACAAAGUGGAGCAAAAAGUUUUUCUUUGUCCUGGGACUCUGAAAGCUGUCGGUGAUCCUUCCUUUCUAUUUGAAGCGGAGCAACAAGCCGGCGCCUGGUGCAGAGACCCGCUGCAAGCUGGCGACAAAAUCUUCGUUAUGCCUUGGACUCCUUAUAGGACAGACACUCUCAUUGAGUAUUCCUCUUUUGAUGACUUCCAAAAUGCCCGGCAAACCAUCACCUACAAGCUGCCCCACCGGGUGGAUGGGACCGGAUUUGUGGUCUACGAUGGGGCCGUGUUUUUCAACAAGGAGCGUACCCGCAACAUUGUGAAGUUUGACCUGCGGACUCGAAUCAAAAGUGGUGAGGCGAUCAUCAAUAAUGCCAACUACCACGACACAUCGCCCUACAAGUGGGGUGGCAAAACAGACAUUGACCUGGCCGUAGAUGAGAACGGGCUGUGGGUGAUCUACGCCACCGAGCAGAACAACGGCAUGAUCGUAAUCAGCCAGUUGAACCCCUACACGCUGCGAUUUGAGGCUACCUGGGACACGACCUAUGAUAAGCGCUCAGCCUCCAAUGCCUUCAUGGUUUGUGGAGUACUGUACGUGGUCCGCUCCACCUAUGAAGACAACGAAAGUGAAGUCAGCAAGAGCAUGAUCGAUUACGUUUACAACACCAAACAGAACCGUGGGGAAUACGUUGAUAUCCACUUUCCCAACCAGUACCAGUACAUUGCAGCUGUGGAUUACAAUCCGCGAGAUAACCAGCUCUAUGUGUGGAAUAAUUUUUACAUCCUGAGAUACACUCUGGAGUUUGGCCCACCUGAUCCAGCACAUGCUCCACCACUUUCAGAAGUCACCACGACCCCUCAGCCUCAGAAAACGACAACCACCACCACAACAACCACGGUGCACUGGGGUGUGGCCAACACAAGCUCCACAACAGGGCUCAAGGACGGCAGCAGGGGAGCGCCCAAGCCUCCUCCUGUGAUUCUGCAGACUACUUCCCCUCCGCCCCUCGAGUCCUUCCCUUUACCCGAGCGCUUCUGCGAGGCCAUCGAGAAAAGAGACAUAAUGUGGCCUCAGACCCAGAGGGGCAUGAUCGUGGAGCGACCUUGCCCCAAGGGAACACGAGGCACAGCCUCUUAUUCAUGUGUCCUUUCCACUGGGGCCUGGCACCCGAAGGGCCCUGAUCUCAGCAACUGUACCUCCCACUGGGUCAACCAAGUUGCCCAAAAGAUCCGCAGCGGUGAGAAUGCCGCUAACCUGGCCAACGAGUUAGCCAAGCACACCAAAGGGCCCAUCUUUGCCGGGGACGUCAGCUCCUCGGUGCGCCUGAUGGAGCAGCUGGUGGACAUCCUGGACGCUCAGCUGCAGGAGCUCCGGCCCAGCGAGAAGGACUCUGCCGGACGGAGCUUCAACAAGCUUCAAAAACGAGAAAGGACAUGCAGGGCAUACAUGAAGGCCAUUGUGGACACGGUAGAUAACCUUCUGCGACCGGAGGCCUUGAAGUCCUGGCACGACAUGAACAGCACGGAGCAGACGCACGCCGCCACCAUGUUACUGGAUACUUUGGAGGAGGGGGCGUUUGUCCUCGCCGACAACCUCAUGGAGCCUGCCAUCGUUAAAGUUCCUGCAGACAACAUAAUUCUGGAUGUGUAUGUGCUCAGCACAGAUGGCCAGGUCCAGGAUUUUAAAUUUCCACAGUCCAGCAAGGGCGGUAUCUCAAUCCAGCUGUCGGCAAACACUGUGAAGCUCAACAGUCGGAAUGGAGUUGCCAAGCUGGUUUUUGUGCUCUAUAAAAAUCUGGGCCAGUUUCUCAGCGCUGAAAACACAACCAUCAAGAUGGCCAACGAGGCUUACGGCCGCAACGUGUCUGUGGCUGUCAACUCUGACAUCAUCGCUGCCUCCAUCAACAAAGAGUCCAGCCGCGUAUUCAUUAACGACCCGGUGAUUUUCACCCUGGAGCACAUCGAUAUUGAGCACUACUUCAACUCCAAUUGCUCCUUCUGGAAUUACUCUGAGAGGAGCAUGAUGGGCCACUGGUCCACCCAAGGGUGCAAACUCCUGGACUCCAAUAAAACCCACACCACUUGCUCCUGCAGCCAUCUCACCAACUUUGCAAUCCUCAUGGCGCACCGUGAAACUUCAAUUCACGACAGAGUGCACGAGCUGCUUCUGACGGUCAUCACUCGCGUUGGGAUCGUGGUGUCCCUCGUCUGCCUCACCAUCAGCAUCUUCACCUUCUGCUUCUUCCGGGGCCUGCAGAGCGAUCGCAACACAAUCCACAAGAACUUGUGCAUCAAUCUCUUCAUCGCAGAGUUAAUAUUCCUAAUUGGUAUCGAUAUGACGGAACCCAGGAUUGGAUGUGCCAUCAUCGCGGGGAUCCUCCACUUCUUCUUCCUGGCUUCCUUCUCCUGGAUGUGUCUUGAAGGGGUCCAGCUGUACCUCAUGCUUGUGGAGGUCUUUGAAAGUGAAUACUCUCGGAAGAAGUAUUACUACGUGUCUGGUUACCUCUUCCCUGCCAUCGUGGUCGGUGUCUCCGCAGCGAUCGACUACAGGAGCUACGGGACCAAGAAAGCGUGCUGGCUAAGUGUGGACAAUCAUUUCAUAUGGAGCUUUAUAGGACCUGUCACCUUUAUCAUCAUGCUCAAUCUCAUCUUCCUGGUCAUCACAAUGUACAAAAUGGUGAAGCACUCCACCACCCUGAAACCAGACUCUAGCCGACUGGAGAAUAUAAAUAAUUAUCGCGUUUGUGACGGCUACUAUAAUACAGAUUUGCCUGGCUAUGAAGAUAAUAAACGGUUUAUCAAAUCCUGGGUCAUGGGAGCGUUUGCUUUGCUGUGUCUGCUCGGACUCACGUGGUCCUUCGGCCUCUUCUUCAUCAACGAGGCCUCGAUUGUCAUGGCUUACCUCUUCACCAUAUUCAACACCUUCCAAGGAAUGUUCAUCUUCAUUUUCCACUGCCUUCUCCAGAAAAAAGUCCGCAAAGAGUACAGCAAGUGCUUCCGCCACACGUACUGCUGCGGAGGGCUGCCGACUGAGAGCUCCCACAGCUCUGCGAAGACCUCCACCACCCGGACCAGCGCUCGCUACUCCUCUGGUACCCAGAGUCGUAUCAGGAGAAUGUGGAAUGACACCGUAAGAAAGCAAUCUGAGUCCUCCUUUAUCUCAGGUGACAUCAACAGCACCUCCACCCUUAACCAAGGAAUGACCGGGAAUUAUCUACUAACAAAUCCUCUUCUUCGACCACAAGGCACUAACAACCCUUAUAACACCUUACUGGCUGAGACAGUCGUAUGUAACACCCCCACGGCUCCAGUGUUUAACUCGCCAGUGACCUACAGAGAGACAAGGCACUCACUGAACCACGUGGUGAGGGAUACAAGUGCAAUGGAUACACUACCGCUAAAUGGUAACUUUAACAAUAGCUACUCGCUGCGCAAUGGGGACUUUGGCAACAGUGUGCAGGUAGUGGACUGCGGCCUCAGUCUGGACGAUGCUGCCUUCGAGAAAAUGAUCAUCUCUGAGCUAGUACACAACAACCUGCGUGCCUGUAACAAAAUCCACCAUCAGCAACAGCAGCAGCACCACAGUUUACACCACCCACCCCACCACCAGCAGCCCCCGCAGUACCACCAUCACCACCACACGGAGCGGGCUCCGCCCAAGGUGACGGUGGUAGGCGGCAGCAGCAGCAGCGAAGACGACGCCAUCGUGGCCGACGCUUCGUCUCUGGUGCACGUGGGCGAGGUGGGCCUCGAGCUGCACCAUCAGCUGGAGGCUCCGCUCAUCCCCCAGCGGACUCACUCGCUUCUGUACGCUCCCCAGAAGAAGGUGAGGACGGAUGGGGAAGUGGAAACCUUUGUCAGCGAGCUGACGCCCACCGACCCCGACGACAGUCUGCAGUCCCCCAACAGAGACUCCUUGUACACUAGUAUGCCUAAUCUGAGAGACUCUCCGAACCCCGAGAGCAGCCCUGACGUGGUGGAGGACCUGUCCCCCUGCAAGGGGAGCGAGAUCGAGGACGUUUAUUACAAGAGCAUGCCCAACUUAGGGUCCGGCCACCAGCUCCAAGCCUAUUACCAGAUAGGCCGAGGGGGCAGCGAUGGUUACAUUAUUCCUAUUACUAAAGAUGGGGGCAUCCCUGAGGGCGAUGUACGGGAAGGACAGAUGCAGUUAGUGACAAGCCUUUAAAUGUAUUUAAAUCAUCCCCAAAUCUCUUCAUGCCCUUUAGCAGUCCUGUCCUCUCUAAUGAAGUGAAGGGAAUUGUUUGUUUUAUUUUUGAAGAGAGCGUAGAAGCCCCGUCAUACACACUCUCCAUUUACAAACAUCCUCCUCGAGCUGCAUUGCCAUCUCCUCCUCCCCAAACACGCCACUCCCGCCCGCCCCCCUCC